GUAUCUGUGCCGCUAGUUCGGUUGUCGUCUUGGACUUCUUGUCUUGUGAUUUUCUUUAAAUUAUUAAUAUUUUCAUGAAACAUAACGGAAAAUGCUCUAUAACUGUGAAACUUUAUGUUAGAUAGUUAUAUUAUUAAUUUACCUGUGUUGCAUAUGUGUACUUCUAAGUGCAUCAUGAUUCGCUAGUGUUUAUCAUGUGUGGCAAAGGUAUCAACACAAGAAUGAAACAUACUUUUGCUUUUUAAAUAACUGGAAUAUUGGUGACACUAUUGAAAAUGGAACACUCAGAUUUGGUAGCAGAAAUGGCUCAGGUGGAGCAUAUGACCACCCAAGAGCGACUACAUUUAGCUCGAAGGCGGCGUAUGAACCAGCUGAAGCUGUGGCAGCAGAGGGAGAAAGAGUGGGCGAGAUCGCGGCCGAGAAGGGAGAAGUGUAACAAACGGAAUAUAUUCUUUAAUGACAGCGUGAUGUUGCUCGAGGCUGCAGCUAGGAACGAUAUCGAUGAAGUGCGCCGACUGCUUGCAAGAGGCGUGACUCCCGACGCUACCAACGAAGAUGGACUCACAGCCCUUCACCAAUGCUGCAUAGACAACAACGAAGCUAUGAUGCGGCUACUCCUAGACCACGGCGCCAACGUCAACGCAGAAGACAGCGAAAAAUGGACUCCUCUACACGCGGCAGCCACUUGCGGAAACUUAAAUCUAGUGAAAAUAUUAAUACAAAGAGGUGCUAACUUACUAGCUGUGAACGGAGACGGGAAUAUGCCAUACGAUAUAUGUGAAGAGGAGAGUACGUUAGAUGCAAUAGAGAGUGAAAUGGCCGCGAGGGGCGUAACGCAAAGGCUGAUAGAUGAGACGCGGGCGGCUACGGAGAUGAAAAUGUUGCUGGAUGUAGCGGAAAUGGUUAAAGAGGGAAUGGAUUUGGACGAGCCGAGGGAUAACCAGGGUGCUACUUUACUUCACAUAGCUUCAGCUAACGGCUACAUCAAAGUGGUGGAGUUUCUGUUAGAACACCGCGCGUCGGCCGACGUCGUCGACCACGACAUGUGGCAGCCGGUACACGCGGCCGCCUGCUGGGGACAUUUAGAAGUAUUAGAAUUAUUAGUGCAAUAUGGAGCUGAUCUCAACGUGAGGAAUAAACAUGAUGAGACGCCGGCAGAUAUCUGCGAGGAGGGCGAGAUGCGCGCUCGCAUCGUGCGGCUGUCGCUGGAGCAGGAGGAGCGCCGGCGCCGCGCGCACGCCGCGCACGACCGCUCGGCCGCCGCGCGCCGCUCCUCCUCCACCGCCAGCACCAGCCGGGUCCGGUCGGUCCGGCGGACGUCGCUCCGCGAGAAGCAGUUGGCGGCUAAAGCUGACGCCAGAGGGGAGGCGAGGUUACGGGAGACCUUCGACUCUGUCGCUGUGGACGACGAAUUGCAGGGCUUAUCAAACGGCGUUGAAAACGACCAGAACACGGCCAAUCUGCAACCACCAGACCUCACGCACAAGAGGCUCUCCACCAGCUCCACAACUUCCAACCAAAGUUACGACUCAAACGUCGACUACGCGGUGCCCAAGCAUACCUACAACCAGCGUUCAAACAAAACCGGCGAUGGAAACGAUGCAAGUGAAAACAACGUUCCAUACAACCAAAAAGCGUCAAAUCCAUUGUACGGUGUCAACGCCGCGUCUCACUACGCCCCAGGAUCGAUAUCCAAUGAGACCGUCAACGAUCAAAUCAAACAUUACGAGAAAAGUCUGCCGAACGGUGUCCGUAAGGCGCCCGAGGGGCAGGACAACGACGCUUUCAAAGUUGAGGACGUAUUAGACGGUAGGAAUGAGGUGAUAGUGAGCCCCGGCCAAAUCGCGCUCACUGAGGGAAGCACCGCGUACACAACAAACGAUAAUGGUAAAAUCAAUGUUCAUGUCACCGUCAUGAUUAACGCAGGCACCCUUGCAGACUUGAAGAAACAGCGGUCACAAAUAAGGACUAACGGAAGCCCCGUAGAGAAUAGUCUUGCCUCAACAAACAACCACAGUAUAAAUUCAAUACCAGAAGUGUCGAAGCAGGACAUGCCUGUGCAGUUGAAUCCUCUAACAUUGUCUCCCAGUUCGGGAGCAGUGCCGCGCUUUACUGGCAACACCAGCGAAGUCGUCGGUGACACUCGCUCACACAGGUGCUGUAUCAUUAUGUAGAUAGACUAUAUCGAUAUCGAUAGUGUCACAUCCCUUAGGAGCAAGCGUACAAGUCUGAUCGUCAUUCCAAAAAUUAGCACCGGACAGCCUAUUGUGAUAUGUUUGGAUAGUUUCAUCAUUACGUCCGGAGAAUUAGUAUUUGAUGGUAUUUAUUGCCGAUGGAGUAUUGCCAUUCUUGCUCAGGAAGCAACGGCUUGCCAAUGUGCUAGGAAACAGUGUGAUAUUGCUGAGAGCUCAACGGUUAUCUAGAGUAAGGGAUAAAUGGUUGCUAAUAUUUUAUUUAGUUUUAGAAAUGAAUCCUAUAAUUAUGUAAAAUUUAUUGUAGAAUUUAUAUUUAAGUAUUUGAUCAUUGUAAAUUUUUCGCCUUAUUAUCUCCUAAACAUUCCGUAAACUGUAUUAUUUAUAUGAGAAAUUAUAGUGAUUUAUAUUAUGAGAAUACAAAAAUUUUACUUAUCAGUAUUCUGAAUGUAGAAGUUGACAAAAUUAUUUUAUACAAAAUAAUAAAUAAGUAAAUGAAAUCAUAAUUGAAAAGAAAAAUAUUGCAAUAAACACAAAAGUGAUUGUCUAAAGUGCCUCACCUGCUACUAAUUAUAAUAAUGCAUAAUUAAUUACCUAAAUUAUUUUAUACGAACAUAGUAAAUUAUAAUUUAUUUUGAAAUCCUAAUAUAUAUUUAAUACUAAAAUUACAUAAUUGGUAAUAACGAUCAAAACAUAAAAAAUACUUUAACGUAACUGCGAUAAAUGCCUCACUUAGCCAACUAUUUGUUUUCGUGGACUAUUCGGAACAAUAAAAGCAACUUAAAUAUAUUUAAUACCCUGAAUCGGCUCGAAAUUUUUUCAAAUAUAUCGAAAAACUGAAGAGAUGGUGUACAUUUUGGUAGUAAAGGUUUUAUAAUUGUAUUACCAGAGUCCUAUUUAUUAACUAAUUCCAGGAAUUGUGCUUUAACAUACCAUCCAGCACGUUUAAAAGGGCUGUUUGUGGUUGUGUCAACCUGUCAUUAGGUCGCGUUCGCACUAAUUAUUAUAUGAAGAACUUACUGUUCACAAAUUUUGUCUAAAGAAAUUACGGUAAAUUACAAGAAAUGUUUAAGUUUCUGACGGAAGAAAAUAUUUUUUAUUUUUAUUACACUUUUCGUCGCAAGGAACGUAAACAGAGAAAACUAGAGACUUCGUCGUAUCUUUCGUUUCAUUCAUACAAAAAAAAAAAGAAAUGCUUAUUAGAAAUACACAAUAAGAAAUGGGAUAGAGUGCUAAUAUCUUCUGUCAAAAACAAUGACGAUUACUCGAGUUUUGAUAAUUUCAUAAAUGUUACUUUCAUAAAAAAAUUAGUUAUCCGUUCCAAUGAUAAACACUCAAUGUGGUUUGCGGGCGAGGCGGGUGGCUGAGGUGGGACGGCGGCACUAACGCGUAUUCGCAAACAUGGAGGUACUAAUGUACGGACAGGACAAUAAUAACUUGAAAAAUCGUUUUAUCUAAAGUUUUGAGUACAAAUGCUAUUGUUCAUGAUGUCAUGCUAUCUAUUACUGUGAUGUUGCUGGUGUUUUACAUGUAACCUUGAUGAUGAAGGUAAGACCAAGAUCUAGAUCUAUCAAGCUAUGGCUUAGAUAUCUUCAAAUCAAUCGAUUAAAUAUCGUAUGAUUAGUAUUGUUGACCAAUUUAACUUCAGACUAGACUAGAAUAAAUAGAAUAUUAAAAAAUUAAACUACAUUGUCGUCUUGAUACCGGACCUUGAUCGACUUACAAAAUAAUACACUGAUUUUUAAAUUUACAACUUUUACAAGAAAACAACGUCGAGUUUGUUAGUUGUUUAGUUUCAUACAAGUUCUUUAUGAAAAGACUGGAUUUGAUAUUUAGGUGAAUCUUGCGUAUAACGAAGCGUAUGAGCAACUUAAGUAUUUUUGUAGGAUCUCGUUAUUAUUGUAGAUCAUUUCCAAUACCAGUGUAAAGUUGAUUACGUAGCAAUUUGACUCACAUUAAUAAAUUUUACUUAAAUAUAACGGGAUAAUUUAUGUUAGUAUCACGGUAACAAUUAGAAAACUUUCUUUUGAACACAUUAUAUACACAUGUAUUCAAAAGCCAAUUUAUGAGUACAAAUUUAAUGUCUGAUAGACUCACAAAAUAAAACAUUCCAUUAACCAUAAAAAAUUAAAUGAAAAUUUCAAGUUGCGCAUACGUUUCGAUCUUUGAAAAUUUAAAAACAGUUGCUAUUGCUCGCAAAAGCGCGAUUGGCCGUUCAUACACAUCUGCAUUUUACUGCAACAUUAACACACUAUGGGUCAGCUGCUUCAGUCAACUUUGACGUUAACUUUAACAUGCGCGCCGUCGCCGAAUAGACAAAAUUCCGACUGAAACCCCCUAAAUUUGAUAGAUCCUAUCUCUACUAACAAUGGUUGAUACAUCCACCUAUUUCAGAACUCUGCAAUUUAGGUACAAUAUCUACUGCAGUACUUUGUUGAGUCAUUGUCGAUUAUUAUAUUGAAGUUAUAAACAUUCAUAAUACGAGGCCUUAUCAAAGCAAUAUGCAUAAUAAAUAUUAGUUAUUUCUCGUACUAUUUAGUUAUUAAACAGCUAAACUCUCUUAUAAUGAGGAAAUUAUAGUAUUUACGGAUUUAAUAGUAUUGUAAAAUAUUUCUUUGUAAAGCUAUACUCAAGUUGUGCCAAUUUUUUUCUAUCUGUUAAACUGAAAGCACCGCUUCGUUGUAUUUUUAUUUAAACUAAGUACCUACGUGACGCAAAAUAAUCUUCUUUCUUUUAUUCUUUUAUGUGUUGAACGCGUAAAAAGAUUUGAAAUUAAUAUCGAGUCAAUAAAAAUAAAUAAAACAACGACAACGCCGCCACUGAAAGUUAUUUUUUCUGAAAAAUCGAUAUCAUUGGCAUGUUACAUUAAUAAAUAAAAUGUUGUUACCAGCAUCCGUAAGUACUUUUGUUACCAUUUUGAUUGUUUACGUAACUUGUAAAAUGUUAUAAUCAUGUUCCAUUUUCCGAGUCUAACAUUACCUAAAUAAAAUUUCUCCGAUGGUCGAUAAAAUAAAGGUUUGUGCUUAAAUAUAAUAAGAGUCAAAGAUGAUCUUAACCAUUAAUAUUUUUUCUUUUGAAACAAUCUACUCUUUGACUCUUAUUGUAUUGCGUACUCGAGUGCUAUGUACUUCAUUGAAUUUGGUACUUAUCGUUGGAUGUAAUUACAUCAAAAGCGGUCCAGCUGUUUAACUGCGAAAGCGCGACAAACAGUAUAAUAAUAUUACUAAAGCAUGAAACGUAUGACCCCAACUCAAAUAUAAUAUCAUUAUUAAAGUAUAUCGGUAUCGGUUUAAAUUUGUGGUUUAGUAGAGAGUUUAAGUAGUCACAUUUUAUUGUCUGUGUUACUCGAAACUUCCACAUUCCAUUUCCAUUUAAUAAAGCAUUUUAUAUAAGUUAAACAUUAGAUUUGAUAGUGUCCAUCCAUCGUAAUCUAUUCGUCCAUAUCUUAGUCACUAGCAUUAUUCUUAUAGAUGGAGUACUUAAAAUAUAAUAAAAAAAUAUUUAAACAAAACCCACGUAUAUCCAGAGCUAUGUGAAAGGGUAUGACAACGGUUCAUAUAUUUAUUUCCAGUAUUAUUUUUGAAGCAUUUGCAGCAUAUUGUGAUACUACUGUAAUUGGUCAAAUGAUAAUUUUUAACAGUCACAUACUACAAUACUUUUAUCAGUCGUUAAAUUGUUAAGAGUUGGUCAGUAUAUUCACUAUUCUGAGCCUCCCGGAAAAACAGAUUUGAAUUCACUAUCUCGCUCCAACAGCGACGCACAGAAAAGAACGUAAUGUAGAUACACUAAGAUAAUUUGUUAUGAAGUUAAUACUGAGCGCAUAUUUUCAUAUUUUACGCUAAUUUAGUUACUAUUCUUAUAAUUAACAAUGCGUAUCCUACGCAUUGCUUACAAUAAAAUAAAAUGACAAUAAAACAAUUUAUCGACCGAUAAAAGUGUGUAAAUCAUGUGUUUUAAAUAUUUAAAAGGAAUUGGUAAUUUAGUCGAUUUGUCAUUUGGGUUGUGAAGACUUAAGUCUUGCCUAUAGUUUCCAAAAGCCUUAUUAUUAAACAGUUACUCUUGUAUGGGACACGUGUCCGCUUUAUUCAAUAAUUACUUAUUUAAAUAAAAUAUUUAAUACUAUCAUUUUGUUGAAGUAAACGUCACGAUACCUUAUAGUGAUAAUUUUCAACGCAGAAAGCGUUAUUUAUGAUUGUAAAUAUUUUAAUCUUACUAGUUCAAUAGAAAUAUAUUGAUUUUAAAUAAAUUAUUAUUGUCGAAUCUUUUCAUUAAAUAUGCCGUGAUAUAUCAAAAUUUGACUUCUUAGUGUUAUAUUUAUUGGUACCUGUACAUAUGUCGGAAUAAUAUUUUCCCAAGUCAGUAUAAUUUAAAGAUACAUAAGAUAUAUUUUAAGGCAUGUAAUAAUCCAGUGCCUCUUAUAAGUCUUGCCUUAAAAAUGUUAAUAUUGCGUUAUUUAUUGUUUAUUGUAUAUCAAGACUAAAUUGGUACCAUUGUAAAAUCUUUUAUAUUUGUGUACUCCUAUUUUAUGUAACCGAUUAUCUGUCUGUUGACUUUGUAGCGGAUCUAUAUGUGUAUGUAAAUGUAUUAUCUUAGAUAAACAAAACUUCUACGACAUUCUUAAAAUUAGCGCCUUAUCAAUUUAUUGUUGUAAUACCUACUAUGUUAGUGUCCGAUUAAAAAAAGAUUUUGAGUCUUCGGCUACAACUCAGUAUGUUUUCAUAAGUUAAUUGUAUUUUGCGAAUUAAUAUUCGAAGGUUCAGUUCAAUCGGUCACAACACAGCUGUUAAUUAUCAACUAUCAUUAAAAACCUUUCUAGUAGGAGCACGGCGGACUUUUUCGUCAAGAUUAUGUCACAACCGUGUCAAAACGAAGUUUUCUUUAACGUAAUAAUAUUUCUUUUCAUAGACCUAGCUGCUGUAUUUAGACAUUUUUACUCUAUUUUAGAAAAUUUUGUAAACUAUUUAAAUGGAAGUAAUAGUUUCCGCCUACACUGUCUCACCCCAUGUUAAUAGUAGAAGAUAUUUAAGCUCAAUUCUAGUUGUUACAGUAGACGAUAUCUUAAUCAAGACCAACGGUCUCAUCUUGCCUUCCCUUGGACCACAUUGCCAUAUUCUAUUUACAGUAAAAUUUAAUACAAAAUUAUACCAGUACUUAAUGGGAGUAUUCAUUUACGUGUCAGUCGUUAAAUAAAACUAAUUAAAGUAUCGUUUAUAGAGUUUUAGAGAGUAUAGGGAAGUACUUAUUUACAUCCAAGGCAGUAUGUUAAUAUAUUUAUUUCCUUUUGAAUAUCUUUCGAUAUAAUUACUGGUUAUAUAUUAGAUAUCUAGAAUUGUUAAAUUUAAAAACAUAAGUACUACGUUAUGUAUCAGUGCACAGGUGUGCGUUUCCCCAAUUCCAUAAGUAAAUUUAUAUUCAGCUGAGCUUCUUAGUUUUUAAGGUUUAUAUCAAAACCCCAGGUUGUUAUUGUAUCUAAUUAAUUAUACCUGCAACCAGAUUUUGGUAUGAUCAGUGAUAUUCGGUCAAAUGUAUCUAGUACAUUGAAAUAGCGUGUGGAAACUUGAUAAAUCAGCGUUCUCAAAUUAUAUAUUAGUUACAUUUGACUGGUAAUACAUAUAUCACGACAUAAAUAAUAUUAUAUAUAGAUAGCAGAUUGUAACAAUAAGGAUUAGACCUGACUUGUUAUCUUGCUCUAAUGUGAUAUUUGAAAAUGCAAUGGAUUGUAAUGAAACAAGAGAAUAAAAGAUUAUUAUAUAAAUAUGUUAAUGUUCUCUUUCAAAAUAAUUUACUUCCAUUGCGAAAUGCAAUAAUAUAUCAUGUGCAUAAUCAGAAUAUACACUAGUCAGAUCUAACUCUUAUGCCGCGUGCACACCGAGCCAACGAAUGAAUUUCUCUCCUUUUAGCAUAAUGUGAAAUCCUACUUUGGAAAGAGACAAGAAUAACCGCUGAAUCCUUUUCGUUGAAUCCUUUAGUAUCCAUAUGGGCUCGUUGUGUACCCAGCAUUACGUGAAAAAAUCAGGUGAUUAAUAUAUUUGAAUUUAAAUUUAUGCUCAGAUUGUUUGAAACAAUCUCCGCAGCUGGAUCGUUAUCCGUAAUUUUAUAAAUAUUCCAUACCUAUUGGUAAUAUUAAUAAAUAUUUAUUCUUAUAUUGUAAAGCCAUAUCCCCACUUUUGUUUAUAUUGUCGGUUGGUGCUUUGUUGUUUCAUGGUAAAUAUUUCCAAUAAAAUCAAUAAAUCAUCAAGGAAUCAGUGACACGCUAUAUCGACUAUCUAGUAUUUUGAACUUUUUAUUAUAGUUAGUCGUCUUGGCUUCCUUUUUUUGCGGUCAAGGUCAAAUUACUAUAUUGUCCAGACAAGUGGCACCAAGCGGCAAUGGAGCGAAUGGGAAUAGACGAAUUAGUUUUACACUACUGUUUGAAUGUCAAACUGAUUUAUUUGUAAAGCGUAACAGAGCAUAAUUUAUGGGAAUGUUGAACUUCGUUAUGUACUUUAGUAUAUGAUAAGAUAAAUGGUGCGCGUGCGCAAUUACGCAUUGGUCAGAAAAUGCAUUGUCAAAAAACCUAGCGCGUGUCGUGCAAUGUGCAUCAUUUUUAAUUUCUUUGUGGUAAAGAUAAAACGAAUCAGCCUACUUCAAUGUUUACGAUUUCAAGUCUCAGAAAUAAUAUCAUGAAUUUGUCAACUACAAAUUUGAUAUCGACAAAAUAUCCACGGGACCAAUCUAUAUAUUUUUUUUUAUUCUGUAUGCAUUCUACAAAUAAAAAAAAAUCUUAUUAAAUUUUUAAAUUUUUUGAAGUUGGUCGAGAUAAAAAUAGCACAAGUACUGAUACUUCUCAUUCUUACUUCAUGAUGAUAUUUUGUAUUAUCUACUAAGUACGUGUAUGACUUUUUAAUAUAUUUUUAAUUGUCAUCAACACAAGCUCUGCGUUAUAAAUAAUCGCAAAAGAUAAUUUUGUCUUUGUUACGCUAUGUGUAGUACAAGUAACACAAUCAAUGCAGUAAGCAAACCCAAUGCAAACGCCUUAUGUUAAUGUUAUGUUGUUAUUUAUUUUUGAUUGUAAAUAUUUAGGUGUUUGGUAUUAUAUACUGUACCUUUGACUUUACACAGUAGUGUGAAUUCUAAAUUUCUUGAACGUAAAAAUAAAUCGUUUGUUUAAAUCGA